AUGAUCUGCCUCUGCCCGGAGUUGGCCCCCCUUCUGGGAGCUGUUCAGCCCGCUCAGCCUCUUGACGAGAUUGAAACCAGGCAGCUCGGCACGUCCCGACAAUCGCUCGCCACGCUCCAAAGUGGAAACAACGCCACCAACGCAGACCCAGUCAUUGAAGCCUCCCUGGCCGACCCUGUCAACCCUAUUGACCCUGUCAAGGAGCCUACCCCGGGGCCAGCUGAGGACCCUAUCGACCCUGUCGUCGACCCUGUCAUCGACCCCGUCGUCGACCCCGUCGUCGAUCAUGUCAAGGAACUGAGCCCGGGGCUAGCUGAGGACCCUACCGACUCUGUCGUCAGCCCUGUCGUCGAUCCUAUCAUAGACCCCGUCGAAGACCUUGCCGAGGACCAUACCGCGGGUCUAGCCGAGGAUCCGGACCCUAUUCCGGGUCCAGCUGCAAACCCUAUCGACCCUGUUGGCCCUGUCGAGGACACUGUCCCGGAUCUGGUCAACGAGCCCAAAGCGAACGGCGAUAGGACCCCGCACGCCGACUCCCCUACGCUUCUCCCGGCUGAGGAUGAAGGUACUCCCACUAACCAGCCUCGGCUCUCCGUCGAUACUGGUCUGCAUUGA